CCGCGGUGACUCACUGAGCGGGAGGCGGAGGUUGAGGCGGUCGCUCCCGCUGCUGCUGCUGUUGCUGCUGCUGCUGCUGCUGCCGCCGCGGCUGCUCGGGCUGUGCGCGCCCCGGAACAGGCCGCCGCGCGCCGCUCUCGGACCCGCAGCCCCCGCCCGCCCGCCCGCCCGGGUCGGGCGGCCCAGGGCUGAGAGCCAGGAGUCCACCUGUAAACCAAGUGCUCCGAGGCCCACGCGCCGCAGUGGAGGGGUGGCCGGGCUGCCACGGGCAGGCGAGACUCCGACCCCCCCGCUGGCACCUCCACCCGCCAUCAGCAGCCUCCCUCCUGCCCGGUCAACCUGCAGAGGACCCAAACGACGAGGGUGUGUGUAGAAGGCCAAAGAAGAGAAGAGAAUGUUCUUUGAUUCCUAGAAGAGGGCUGCACCUUCCUCCUUCUCCCCGGCCACAACCUGCCCGUCACAGUUGAGCACGUGUUUUCCUGAAGGUGAUUUCCAGAAGCAGGAGCCCCCAGAGCUGGCCAGGGGAUGAACCGCGAGGGGGCCCCCGGGAAGAGUCCGGAGGAGACGUACAUCCAGCAGAAGGUCCGAGUGCUGCUCACGCUGAGGAAGAUGGGCUCCAACCUGACGGCCAGCGAGGAGGAGUUCCUGCGCACCUACGCGGGGGUGGUCAGUAGCCAGCUCAGCCAGCUGCCCCAGCACUCCAUCGACCAGGGUGCAGAGGAUGUGGUGAUGGCGUUUUCCAGGUCGGAGACGGAGGACCGGAGGCAGUAGCUGCAAACCCCUUGGAAUACCCCGGAGGCUGGCAAAGGCCAGGAGAUCUGUGUGGACCUCACCGGCUGAGUGGCAGAGGGUCACCUUCCCUACCCCGACCCCCCACCCCAC